AUGAGUAAUCCUAGUAUUGUUAUAGAUCCUUUAGAAUCUCGAAAAUUUGAUAUAUCUAUUGAUUUACAAAAAAUCUAUUACCAUCCUUCCGGUUAUCAAAGAACUAGUAAAAAACUUUAUGAAGUUGCACAUAAUGCCGGUUUUGAUUUUACAUUAGCUGAAGUUCAAGAAUGGCUUGAAAGACAAUUAUUACACUUAAUUCAUAAAUCUCGACCAUGUUUUAUUCAGUAUGCAUCUUUUAAUGGAAUUCAAAAUUUAAAUGAAAUGCAUCAAUCUGAUCUUACUCCUAUGCCUCAUGAUAAAAUUGGAAAUCGAAUUUUCAAACAUAGGGGUGUUAUAAAAGAUAUAGCAACUAGAUUUCAUAAAAGUUGCGCUUUAACUAAUAAGUCUUCUGCAUCAUUAGCUAAAAUGUUUAAAGCAAUUUAUGAUGAUCCUAAUAAUCACCUUACAUGGCCAAAAGUUUUAAUUGUAGAUAAAGGCACUGAAUAUUUAGGCGAAUGUAGAGAUUUAUUACUUAGUCAUGGUGUAAAAAUUAUACAAGCUAAAUCUAAACGUAGUACAUCAAUAGCUGAACGUGAUCAUCAAGAAUUUGAAAAACAUGCCUAUAUUCGUCAAGAUGCUGUAGAUUUUAUUUUACCAUUAACUGAGAGAUGUCGAGCAUGGGUUAAGGGACUUCGUUUAAAUGAUGAUAUUUAUAAUGAUACUCCUACCCGAUUAAUUCAUAUGUCACCUAAUGAAGCUGUAAAGAGGGCAUUAAAAGGCGAAAAAAUUAUUGCAGAUCCAUCUGUAAAACAUCGAAGACCUAUUGGGUUUAAUGAACCUCGAUUAACCUAUAAAGAUUCAGUUUUAUAUUUACUUGAACCUGGAGAAUUAGAAUUUGGAAAAAGUCGCAUAACUGACAUGAACUGGUCUCCAAAAAUUUAUCGUAUUAAGGAAUUACUAAUUCAAAAAAAUCAACCAGUAUUAUACUGGCUUAUAGAUAAAAAUGGGGAUGGACCUGAAAGAUCGUUUGUGAGAGAACAAUUAAUGAAAGUUAGAAAUGUUGAAUAUCCCCCGAAAUGGGUCCUUAAACAGUAUUAA